AUGGCCUCGAGCUCUACGGAAACCACUCCCCUAAUCUCGUCUCUGUCGAACGCGACUCGACCACCAGUGUCGCCGAAACCACCAAAGCCACAACGGACCGUCACGUUCAACCCCACGGUGCAGUCAUCAACUGUCGUCCCGCCGUCGCGAUCCUUUUCCAAUGGCAGCCAGGCUUCGGGCGCCGCGGCCGGCCAGCCGAUGCUAUCGUCCCUCAAUAGCAAGCUGCGAAGACGAAACAGCUCUGGCGCGCCUGUAAAAGGACUGCCUGCGCCCAAGAUCGGCCCCCAGCGAACUACAAGGACCGCGCAGAAACUGAAGCUGCUUCCGGACCCAGAGAACGACGACGUCGAGGACGAAGAGAGCGGACGCGACGUAUACGUGCAAUACACGAGAAUCAAGGAUCCGACAGCGAGGAGAGAUGCCGCGCGUCUAGGUAAAGCAGACAGAGAGCGGUUGCCCAGAGUCACGGCAUACUGCACUUCUGCCUCGUACAAAUUGGACGACCUGAUGCGCUUCCUCAAAGGCAAACAGAAGCUCAGAGGUGCUCUUCCCAAACGCUUCGACGAGUGUAUAUAUUCUCCAUACAGCUACGGGACGAAGGGAUCGGUAGAUGUCGCAAGUACAUCCGUGCUUGGUGGAGGUUCCGAAGAGAGGCCCAGGAGAUUCUCGGACAGUGCCAUCGAGGUCGAGACCGAGAACCAGAGGAGACGAGACAACCUGAUCGACUUGCACGACGAGGGCGACGCGCCAGAUAUUGACAUGGACGAGGAACCACAAAGGCCCAGAAGACCUUCGAUGACGCACGCAGAUUCAGACCCCGCCAUGGAGGUGCCAGACUUUGACAUUCAAGUCCACACGCCAGAAGUAUUCCUGUUCGAGUACGGUACGGUCGUGAUUUGGGGUAUGACACUCCAGGAAGAGAAGCGCUUCCUGAAAGAAAUCGCCAAGUUCGAAGUCGACAAGCUAGGCAAGGACGAAGUUGAGACGGAAGAGUUCAACUUCUACUACACACGCGAGUACCAGGCCCGGAUAUACAACGACUUCAUUAGUCUGCGCGAGAAGAAGAACUACAUGAUCAAGCUUGCCAUCAGCCACGGCCUCUCCCAAAGUGUCAAGACGUCGUUAUUCGAGGACCUUGUUGACAACACCAUCGAGGUUACCAAGGACAUUCCCGAACAAAUCGCGAGCUCGGGCAAAAUCAACCUCAACAAGAAGCAGAUCAACAUGCAGAUUGGAGAGCUGUUUAUUCUGCGCAUCAGUAUCCAUCUACAGGGUUCGGUGCUCGACGCGCCCGAGCUCAUGUGGGCAGAACCGCAGCUCGACCCCGUUUAUCAGGCCGUAAGAAGCUAUCUGGAGAUGGAUCAGAGAGUCAGUCUAUUGACGGAAAGACUGAACGUUAUUGGAGAUCUGCUGGCCGUUCUCAAGGACCAGCUGACGGUCACACAUGGUGAACUGCUCGAAUGGAUCGUCAUCAUCCUCAUCUUUGCUGAGGUCCUCGUUGCCGCAAUCAAUAUCUUCGUCGACCUACAUGCGGCAGACUAG